AUGGAGGAGAAUGACCCGAAGUCCAGCGAAGCGGCGGCGGCGGCGGCGGAGGGGCAGCGGCAGCCGGAGUCCAGCCCCGGCGGCGGCUCCGGGGGCGGCGGCGGCGGCGGCAGCCCGGGCGACGCGGACACCGGCCGCCGGCGAGCGCUGAUGCUGCCCGCGGUUCGGCAGGCACCAGGCAACCACCAGCACCCGCACCGCAUCACCAACUUCUUCAUCGACAACAUCCUGCGGCCGGAGUUCGGCCGGCGCAAGGACGCGGGGACGUGCUGUGCGGGCUUGGGAGGAGGAAGAGGCAGCGCAGCCGGCGGCGAAGGCGGCGCGAGCGGCGCGGAGGGAGGCGGCGGCGCGGGCGGCGCGGAGCAGCUCCUGGGAUCGGGCGCGCGGGAGCCGCGGCAGAACCCGCCGUGCGCGCCUGGCGCCGGAGGGCCGCUCCCGGCCGGCGGCGGCGGCGGUGGCGGCGGCGGCGGCGACUCUCCGGGUGACGCCGAAGGCGGCUCCAAGACGCUCUCGCUGCACAGUGGCGCCAAGAAAGGCGGCGAGCCCGGGGGCCCCCUGGACGGGGCGCUCAAGGCUCGCGGCUUGGGCGGCGGCGACCUGUCGGUGAGCUCGGACUCGGACAGCUCGCAGGCCAGCGCCAACCUGGGCGCGCAGCCCAUGCUCUGGCCGGCCUGGGUCUACUGCACGCGCUACUCCGACCGGCCUUCUUCAGGUCCCAGGUCCCGCAAACCAAAGAAGAAGAACCCGAACAAAGAGGACAAGCGGCCGCGCACGGCUUUCACGGCGGAACAGCUGCAGAGGCUCAAGGCGGAGUUCCAGACCAACAGGUACCUGACGGAGCAGCGGCGCCAGAGCCUGGCGCAGGAGCUGAGCCUCAACGAGUCGCAGAUCAAGAUCUGGUUCCAGAACAAGCGAGCCAAGAUCAAGAAGGCGACGGGCAACAAGAACACGCUGGCCGUGCACCUCAUGGCGCAGGGCCUGUACAACCACUCUACCACUGCCAAGGAGGGCAAGUCGGACAGCGAGUAG